AUGAGUACUGCUAAGAGGAGAUAUACCGAUGAAUUUGAUACCCAACCCGCAGCUCCUAAGAAGAAGACCGUUCGUCACCGUGUUACCUUAGCCUGUGAGGAGUGUCGCGCACGCAAGAGGCGAUGUGAUGGUGCAACACCAGCGUGCGGUGGAUGUGUUAAGCGCAUAUCUGUGUGUGUAUAUGCCUCUGAAAUCCAGGCGAAAGAAUGGCGGGACAAUAUGAUCCAUUCUUUGCGGGCUCGUUUAGAAGAGCUUGAAAAAGAGGACGAUUCGACGCUGGGGCCUGAUAGAAUCUCUCGUCAUGAUUCCCACGUCGCUACCUCAACUCCAUAUCCUGAUCCAGGGAUUGAGACCGGUGGUGUCGAAGAUGUUCAGCCCUUGAGGUCGCCAGAAGUGACAUCUCAAACUGUCCUCCCUUCUGUCUUUCAAGACCAAGUGCCUCUAAGAGCUGAUGCACCCUGUGUCCAGACACAAUAUGUUAUCUCUCCUAGGCCGAGAAGCCCGCACGACUACAAUUUGAGGGGUUUAGAACCAUGUAGCGUGGAAAAGUUGAUGAAACCGAUUGAUCAAGCCAUUGACUCUAGGGGUGACCAGAACAGCGCACUUUCCAAUCCGAGUUGGCCAAAAAAUGCAACGGUCAAUGGCCCUUGUUCCAUCAGUGCCACGAGCUGCUACUGUGAGCAACUACUAAACGCCUCGCGAUGGCAUUUACCGCUGCGAGGAAAUGCAGAUGAUCUAGUUGCGUUGUACUUUGCUCGGGUAAACCGAAUGUAUCCGACCCUUCAUGAGCAGACGUUCAGGAAGCAAUAUGAGUAUUUGUGGCAGUUAACGACGAGGGCAUCCACAACCAGCAGUGUCAAUUGCCCUGGAUUAUGCAAACAGAAAAGCAAAGGAAAAACGUUUCCUGGGAUGGUAUACGCUGUAUUUGCUUUGGCCUCUUUGUUCGAAUCCGGAACUCCAGAGCAAAACACCUCUCGAGCGGAGGACUACUUUCGACUUGCUCAGGAUAUUGAUCUCUUGGGUACCCUGGAUCAUGAGGUGGGUAUUGAACUUGUCCAGCUGGGUCUCCUCAUGGGGUUCUACCUCCAAAGCACCGAAAGGUUCUCAAAAUGCUGGAAUAUCACUGGACUCACAAUUCGAAUGGCGCAAAACAUGGGACUACAGUUGAGAAUUUGUGAGGCUCGACGCAAGGGGCUGAUACACCCUCAUAGCACCCAACUUGACUGCGAGAUGAGGGUACGAGUUUGGUACGGAUGUGUUUUACUAGACAGAGAAAUUUCAUUGUCUUUUGGGCGGCAAUUGAUGAUAUUCAAUGGCGGAGAGGCUGUUAGGUUGCCCAAAGCAAUCGACGAUAACCGCCUCUCCGAAGAAAUGGGGACUUGGAACGUUCAGCCCCCAGGCCAUAUGAGUUUGCUGGAGUCCUACAUUCAGACAAUCAAACUCUACGAUAUACUCAAGCAAGUGUUGGAUCGGGAGGAGCUUCAAGAUUCAUCGGACAGAGGCCCGGAUAUCCAGUCACUAUUGAGCCUGGAUACCAUGAUCAUGGAAUGGCGUGAAGCUUUGCCCUCUUGCCUACAGUAUGACUCUUCCUCUGAAGGUACAAGCUCAGCGGAGCAGCAUAGAAUUCCCGGCAUAGCGAUUCCGCAGGUCGAUUUUUCUGCUCAGGCUAAACGGCUUUACGCAAGAUUUCUACACGUGCGAGUCCUGAUAUUACGCCCUGCCUUGGAUCUAUUGUUUCAAAAACAAAGACAUCCUCCGCCGUUGGCCAAGAAGGGAUCUAUGGAGAUACGGGUUCAAGACCUGAUGCUCUCGGACAUAGCAACCCAAUGUGCUUCUUCGGCAAACAGCCUAGUCAAGCUUCUCGCCGCCCAAUUUCACCAGGGAAACUUAGUGGCCUGGUGGUAUAAUAUCAGCUACCUGCAUACUUGUGGCAGCACAUUAUUAAUGGCGCAACUAUCCACGCUCAACGAUAUGGCAUUAUCUCGCGAGCUUUCGGGUAGCUGGGAUCUUUGCUUACGAUGUAUAUCGCGCUAUAAGCGUGUGAGCAGCAUUGCAGAAAAAUCGGCUCGUCUCCUGGAAAAAAGCAGACGAUGCCUGCUGCCCGAAGAAUACCCCCAGAAGACAACUUUAGGAGAUGAUGCGCAUGCCAUGACCCCAAUCAGGGCACUUCCGAACAACAGCCCUCAAGUUCAACAACAACACCUCUUACCCCAAAGCCAAGCGGCGACUUCCCCUGAGACCUACCACUUGAAUAAAGAUCAGCCACCUAUUGACAAUGCCGAGGAGUAUCGUUUGGAUCAGGAGUGGAAUUUAGCCCAGCCCGGGACGCAUAAGGAGCAAGAGUUUCCUGUAGAUUUGAUGCCCGAGUCAGCCGUCGACGCACCGCGAUUUGACGGGCCCGAUGGGGAUCUAUGGGCUAAUGAUACCUGUGCUAGCUCAUACUGGUCUUUUAUGCCGUUUCUUUCUCAAUUGGAGGCACUGCCUUUGGACUUUGACCCACCAAAUCUGGAAUAA